UUCAGACCGUUUUGAAAGGAAAAAUUUAAUGUUUUGUUUAUUUCCAAUAACAAUUAAAAUUAAUUAACUCUGAAUUUUCCUAAUACAAAAAGAAUUAUAAUAAUAACGUUAAGUGAUUUAAUUGUUAUUCCCUUUUUUCCUAUCAAGAAAUUCUAUUGAGAUUAUAAAAUUAUUCGUCUUUUACAAAUUUUUGAUUUAACGGAUAAUUUAACCCUAAAAUUAAGUUCAAAUACAAAAAUGUUUUAAAUAAAAAGUGAAUUAUUUUAUCAAUAAAUAAUGAACGAGAAGAAGGAUAAUUUUUCUUGGGCACGGAAAUUGGGAUUUCCUCCUUCAGGAUGUACAGAUUCAAUUUUAUUAAAUAAAGGAAUAAUUGGACUUCUUUGGGAUGAUUCGUCAAAACUUUUAAAUCAUCCUAAGGAUGUUAUGGAAACGAGAAAAAAUAUUUUACUCUAUAAAUUAAGAAAUAAUUUACAAGAUCCUAGUAUAAAAUAUAUCAGAAAUACAGAUCAAUUAAUAGCCGAGAGAAGUAAUUUAAAUGAACGAAUUAAAUUAUUAGAAGAGAAAUACAAAGAACAAGAAACAAAGACAAUCAAAAAAGAAAAUGAAUUGCGAUUAAUAAAACACAAGAAGGAAUCGCCAAUUAUGAAGAAAGAAUUACUUAAAAUGAAAAUUGAACAAAUUCAAGAAUUUCUUAAGGACAGUAAAACAAUGUUAAAUAUAAGUAAACAUUUAAUGCCAGCAAAUAAUAAAGACGUGUCUUUAAGGGAGAUACACGAGUGUUUAGAUUUAGUGAGUAGCAUUCGUUCCGGUGUAAAUAAAAAACAAAUAAUCAACAAAAUCACACAAAUUUUGGGCUCGAAGCAUGUACCAACUUUAUGGUCACUAUUAUUAGAAAAUCAAUCUCAAGACAUGGAGAUUUUAAUUUCACUGGGUAAAAAGGAAAUAACUGAAUUUAAAACAACAGUCGGUGAAGAUAUUGACAUUGGCUUAGCAAAAAUGUGCGGAGAACAUAUUAAAACUGUUUCAAUGCAGUUAUUAGAAAUUGCAAAGACUUCGGAAAACGAGAGAAUUCUCAUGGAGUGGAUUGAAAAACUUGAGAUGGCUGAACCAGAUCUUACUGAAUGGUUAGAAUAUGCACUCGAAGUUCGAAUGCACGAAGUCGAAAACAAUAUAUUAUUAAAGGAAAUAAAUGACAUUUCAAAUAGUCUCGCUGAACAAGAAAACUCGGAAAUGGAACUUUCUGAAGUUUCCGCCAAAUUAGAAAAUCUUAGUUCCGAAAAAAAAAAAUUAAUUGAUGACGUUCAAAAGUCUUUAAAUUAUCUUAAAGUUAUUCGUUAUCUCAUAACAGAAACGAGAGAAAAACAAAUGGUUCAUCUUCAAACAAUUGCAAUUUUACGAUCUGACACACAAGUACCAAAAUAUUAUCAAUGUCAAAAUGAAAAUCUUUCUAUUGAAUUGGAAACAUUUUACAAGGAAUUAAAUAUUGAAGCAUUACGACAAAUGACAAUAAAAAAACCAUUUGUAGAACAAAGGCAUCUAAUAAACAGUUUUAAUAAUUCAUUGAUACAUUUAUCGGGAAAAUUAUCUGGAAAAUUGCCAAAUUCCCUGACAAUUUUAAAAAUACCUUUCUAUUAUUUAUUGGAGAGUUAUAAAGCUUUGUACACAAAUGCAUUAUUGAAACGAAUUGACAAUUCAGAAACAUUUGAAUUACUCAAUGAAUAUUCACAAUGGGAUGUUACGAGAUUGGAAAAUGUUCUUAAGAGUACAAUGGAAUUAUUACAGCAUGUAAAUUUAAUUUGUAAAAAAUCCAGAGAACAUGUCAAUGAAUUUGAACACAUAUUUGAUAUAUGGAAUCAUCAAACUUUUGAAAGUGCCUUCAAAGUUUUAGAAGAAUUAACAGUGGACGAUGUGACAUUAAAAGAUUGGCAGCAACGUUAUAGCGUUGUAAUGUACAUGUUGAAAAAAUCAAGCAAAGUUUCUCUCUCAUUUCAGCCUUACAAUUUUGAGGAACGGUAACAAAUAUUUUAGAUUACAUAUUUUUUUAUACUUUUCUUACUGCUAAGUGUAAAAACGUGUUCACUGAAAAUUGAACUAAAAAAACAUUUGUAUUAAUCAAUUUGUAAUUAUUUAAAAUAUAUUUUACAAGUAAA